AGUGCAGCAGCGGGCGACGUGUUUUUUACCGCUGCGUAAACAAAAUUUUGUGAUAAGAUAUAUAUCUAAGCGGACAGCUACCAAACAAAAUAAAACGCGACUUAACUGUAUGUGUGUAUGCGAAACUACUGUACACGAGUGCAAGGCAGAUCAACGAGGGCGGAUUAAAACUCACACGCACUGCGCCCCAGCUUACGACGAAGCUGUGUUUUGUUAGUAUAUGUGCCCAAGUGUUUAUGUGUGUGUGUGUAUGUGUGUGUGUGAGUGAGUGUGCGUGCGUGCUUGCGGUUGUGUGUGUGUGUGUGCGUCUCGGGCAGCAAAACCAAGUCGAAGAUAGCCCGAAAACAGAAGUUGUCUGUCUGUCAACAUUUUUUACAAGGCCAAAGUCAGCAGUGCAAAAGGGCCGCAAGUGAAACAUAAAAAAUAAACAGGUGAAAAAUAUAUAGAAUACAUUUAAGCACAGCUCAAAGAACAAGAAGAAGAAGAGGCGACCAACUUCAGAAGCAAAGGGCAAAAUACCAACAGAAAAUCUGGUCGCAAGUCGAAAGUGACGCAUAAAAACCAGAACCAAAUUAUAAUAAUAAAAAAGAGUUGAACUCGUUUUGCUGAGUAUUUGGUAUGAUGGAGCUGGAGCCGCGUGUGGCCAUAUUGCAGGAUCUGCGUCUACAGACCUUCGACUCGAUACGCUUUGCUUCCUAUCGCACCGCCUCCAAGUUGCGCUAUAUACAGAAGUCAACGAACUUGCAUCUGGUCGACAUUUGGAAUGUGAUCGAGGCGUUUCGCGAAAACGGCCUCAACACCCUCGAGCCGCAGAGCGAUGUGAGCGUUGCUCGCCUGGAGACGCUCGUCUCCUCGCUCUAUCACAAUCUGAAUAAGCGUUUGCCAACGGCCCAACAGGUGCCCGUGGACUCGAAGGCUGGUCUGUUGCUCAAUUGGCUGCUGGCUGCUUAUACCAGUGACAACUCUGGCAAGAUACGCGUAUUUUCCAUUAAAGUGGCGUUGGCAACCAUGUGCUCCGGCAAGCUGGUGGAUAAACUCAGAUAUAUCUUUUCACAGAUUUCGGAUGGCGCUGGUCAGCUGGUGGCGUGGAAGUUGGGAGAGUUUUUGCGUGAGGUAUUAGCGCUGCCGGCGGCCGUUUAUGAGUCGCCUACAUUCCAUUAUAAGGAGGGGCUGGAGGAGGAGAUCUUUCCGGCCGAGAAUAAGGUCACCGUGAACGAUUUCAUGGCAACACUUAUGUCCGAACCGGGACCAUCGUGUCUCGUGUGGCUGCCGCUGUUGCAUCGGCUGGCCACCGUUGAGACUAUUGUGCAUCCGACGAUCUGUUCUGUUUGCCAUAAGGAAAACUUUACUGGAUUUCGUUAUCGUUGUCAGCGCUGUCACGCCUACCAGUUGUGCCAGGAGUGCUUUUGGCAUGGCAAGACAUCGCUGAACCACCAAAACGAUCACGAGGUCAAGGAGUACUCGAGCUACAAGUCCCCCAGCAAACAGAUUGGUCACUCCUUGCGCAAGAGCUUCCGAUGCGUGCCCGAAAAGACGACGCAAGUGUUGCCACGAUUCCCCGACCAGCCCGAAAAGACUCUCAAUCUGUCGCACAUUGUGCCACCCUCGCCGUUGCCCUCGCACAACGGCUUCUCCGAUCCGGCGCUGGCCCAUCUCCACGGCCCCGGACCCGGGCCAGGUCAUAGCGGCAUCUUUGAUCGCUCCAGCACACUGGAUUCGCGUGCCACCGGUCGCAGCCUGGACACCACAAUGUCCCGUGUGGCUGCCGCCUCGGCCAACGAUGAAGAGCAUCGGCUCAUUGCCCGCUAUGCCGCACGACUCGCCCAGGAGAAUCGCGCUCCCUCCAAUAUGCCCAACGCGGAGAGCAUCACGCCCAUUGGCACGGACAAUUCGCGGGCGCAGCGGGAGCUGAUUGCGCAGCUGGAGUCCAAGAACAAGGAGAUUAUGCGUGAAAUAGCGCGCCUGCGACGCCAGCAGGAGACUGAGCAGAUGGCACCGGAGAAUCCUGCGCUGAUCAACGAGCUGCGCGCACUGCGGCAGCGCAAGGGCGAACUGGAGGGGCAUCUGGGUGCGUUGCAGGACUCGCGACGGCAGUUGAUGGAGCAGCUGGAGGGCCUGAUGCGUAUGCUCAAGAAUCAGCAGACUGCCUCGCCGCGCUCCACGCCCAAUUCCAGUCCACGCUCGGGCAAAUCGCCGCCCAUGCCAGGUGGAGCUGGUGGUGGUGGGGCUGGUGCUGGAUGUGGUCCUGCUGGCGGGGGCGGUGGCGUUUUGGGCACCUCGCCGAUGAGCGCACUGCAUGCCCAGCAGUUGCAACAGUUGCAGCAGCAUCCCAUGCUGCGCUCCACACAGCAGCAACUGAUGCAGGCACAACAACAACAACAACAACAGCAGCAGCAACAACAGCAGCAGUCUCAAUCCUCGCCUGGUCUUGGCCAUGGUCCAUUUAGCCAGAGCCAGCUGGAGCAGCUCAAUCAGAUAAGCAGCGAUAUGCGCAGCGCCUUUGCCGCCAAUGGAAGUGCAACCCCACCGCCCAUGUGCAACGCUAAUCCGACAGCCGAUGCCGAACUGAACGAAACCGCCGACAACAUAACGUCGGCCAUUUCGACGAUGGUCAGCGAUCUGAAUGCAGGACAAGCAGCCAGCGGCUCCUUGGCGCAGGCACGUUUCAUUAUGCCAUUGGAGUAUCGUCACAUCGAGGGCCGCGAAUCCGAUUGCGAUUGCGACUGUGAUUGCAAUUGUGACUGCGAUUGCCAGGUGUACGAGGAGAUCUUUCGCACCGAUGAGGAUCUUGAGUGCGAGGGUGGCGCCACUGCCGCUGUUCCCCUCAAUGAUGAUGAUUCUAUGCUGCUUUCGCCGGUGCAAUAUGACUAUAAUUUUGGGCAGACCGACGAGCAGUCUCAGCUGAAUCGCAUACUCGCCUAUCGCUACCAUCCCGAACUCUUCAUCGAUGAUGACGAGGCCGGUUUUCCGGCACUGCACGAGAUCGAUUUCGAUGAAUCUCAAUCAUAUAAUCCCGAAUGGAAUGAAAAGGCAAAUGCGAAUAGCCAAUGGCAGGAGCAGUUUGCACAAUGGAGUCUUAAUUCCCAGAAUAACUAAAUUGUGGAUCUACGAUAUCUUUAUAUAUAUAUUUAUACAUAUAUAUAUAUAUAUAGUCUAUAAAGAUUGGAUGAAUGUGGAUUGCACUCGCUUAGCUUUUUAAUCUUAAAACUCAUGUUGAUUUAGAGCAAUUUAUUUAUUGACUACUUUAGUCUACACUAUCUUUAACAUUAUAAUUUAUUUCCUUGCGGUGAAUACUUUGGCGGGCAUAAAUAUAUAUAUAUACAUCUAUCUAUAUAUA